AUGGCAGAGUUUACAGUGAACUUUGCUAUAGAAACCUUGGGUUCAUUGCUUGUCCAAGAAACCAAGUUGUUGAGAAGUGUAAAGAAAGAAGUUGAAAGCAUCAAAAGAGAAUUAGAGAUCAUCAGAUCUUUUCUCAGGGAUGCAGAUACAAGGGCAAUAGCUGAAGAAGAAGGAGAAAGCAAUGGAGGUGUCGUAAGUACUUGGGCAAAACAAGUAAGGGAAGAAGCUUAUCACAUUGAAGACGUCAUAGAUGAGUACAUAUUUAAUGAAGCGAAGCACCAUGAACAUGAUGGCAAAGGUCUCACUGUUUUUCUUCAUAAAAUGUGUUGCUUCAUGAAUGAAAUUAAGGUGCGUCAUGGAAUUUCAUCUGAGAUUAAAGAUAUCAAAUCAUCACUUGUUGAUAUACAGAGAAGAGCAGAACACUAUAACUUGAGGCACAUAGAUCAAGGAGAUGUUGUUCCACACGACUCUCAAGUUGGUUCCUUUUUCAUCCAAGACGCUGAAGUUGUGGGCAUUGAAUCUACUAUAGACCAAUUGAUUGGUUUGGCGGUAAGUGGAACAUCCAACCGUUCAGUGGUUGGACUUGUGGGCAAAGGAGGUCUUGGUAAGACAACUCUUGCCGGGAAAAUUUAUAAGAAUGAUACAGUGAAGAAGCAUUUCGAUUGCCAAGCUUGGAUCACGGUUGGAAAAGAAUGCACCAAAAUGGAUAUACUAAGGAAAACUAUACAAGAAUUUGAUCGUGUGACAGGGUUUACUCAUGGAGAGAUGGAUAAAAUGGAAGAGAAUGAUAUGCUCACCGCACUGGAUAGACAAUUAAAGGACAAGUGUUACAUAGUUGUGUUCGAUGACGUGUGGAAAACUGAUUUUUGGGGAUAUAUAGAGUAUGCUUUAAUUGAGAACAACAAAGGCAGUAGGAUUAUUCUCACAACCAGAAACAGGGGCAUUGUUGAUUUGAUUCCUUUUGUUAAUGUCCAUAGGCUACAACCCUUGCCUUCAGAUAAGGCAUUUGAACUUUUUUGUAGAAAGGCUUUUGGUCCUCAGGGGUGUUGUUCCCCCAAUUUGGAGAAAAUAUCUCAUGACAUCCUUAAAAAAUGUGGAGGUUUACCACUAGCAAUUGUUGCAGUAGGUGGUCUUCUCUCAAACAAGAACAAGGUUGCUUUUGAAUGGAAAAAGUUACUUGAUAACUUGGGGUCACAGUUGGGAAGCAAUUCCCAUCUAAAAGAUUGCAACAAAGUUUUAUUAGAAGGUUAUUAUGGUCUACCUCACCAUCUAAAAUCUUGUUUGUUGUAUUUUGGUUUCUUUCCAGAAAGCUACUCAAUCAAUUGUGCAAGACUGAUCCGUCUAUGGAUUGCUGAAGGCUUUGUCCCAUACUCCAAACGCCGCACAUCUGAACAGUUGCUCAAGAAUUCUUGAUUGAUCUCAUUAACAGAAGCUUGGUACAAGUAGUAAAGACGAAUUUCAUUGGAAGACCUAGAUAUUGUCGAGUCCAUGAUCUAAUGCAUGAGAUUAUCCUUAGAAAGACCGAAUAUUUGGGCUUCUCUCAUAUUGUGAACAAAGAACACUCAAAUCUCUUUGGCAAAAUUCGACGUAUUUCAAUACAAGGAAGUGUUGAUAAUGUUCUCGAGAGCAUCAACAACUCAAAGAUACGUUCUGUUUCCGUUUUCAAUGUUGAUAGGAUGCGUAACUCUUUCAUGACAAGACUUGUUUUGGAUUUUAAGCUGAUAAAAGUGCUAGAUUUUGAAAAUGGCCCUAUAGAGUAUCUUCCUGAAGGAGUGGGAAACCUGUUCCAUUUGCACUACUUAAGUGUGAAAAAUACAAAAGUAAAAGUACUUCCCAAGUCCAUCGGUAAGCUUCUCAACCUAAAGACCUUGAAUUUAAAACAUUCUCUUGUCACUGAGCUUCCAAGUGAGAUCAAUAAUCUAAAAAAAUUGCGUUAUCUACUAGUGUACCGUUUCGACAGAAGUGGUAAUUAUGAAUAUGUAAAAAUACCAAAGGGGUUUGGCCUUUUAUUGGAUUUGCAGAAGCUAGGUUUUGUGGAAGCUAACUUUGAAGUACUCAGAGAGCUUAGGAAGCUAAGGCAUAUGAGAAAGCUUGGAGUUAGGCUGAAAACUGGAAAUGGAAAGGAUCUUUGUGCUUGCAUUGCAAAUAUGGAAAAACUUGAAUCUCUGAUUGUACAGUCGACAAGUAGAGACGGAGUUCUUGAUAUAGAAUCUAUGGCUUCUCCACCUCAUUGUCUUCAACGCCUCUAUUUAACAGGAAAUAUGAAGAAGCUGCCAGACUGGAUAUUUAAACUUAAAUGUAUAAUCAGAAUUAGUUUGAACUUGUCAGGGUUAACUGAUGAUCCCAUAAGAGUCCUUCAAACCCUGCCUAAUUUAUUGGACCUUAGGCUAUGGGACACAUGCCAUGAUAACAAUUUCAUUUCAAAGAAGAUUGGUUUCCACAACUGAAAAUUUUGUUCCUCUUUGACUUUAAAGAAGUGGAAUCCAUGAUUAUAGACAAAGGUGCAAUGCCUAACCUUGAAGAUCUGCGUAUAGGACCAUGCCCUCGAUUGAAAGAGAUUCCACAUGGAAUUGAACAUCUAAGAAACCUAAGGAUUCUUGUGUUUCAUCUUAUGUUGAAAGAAAUUUGUUAUAUGAUAAAAGAUGUGAAGUGGAAGAAAGUUACCCAACAGAUACCGGAAGUCCGUAUCAAUUUCAAAAUGGAAGGAAAACUAUUUUAUUACACUACUAAGUAUCUCUCAUCUGUCUUGCCUAUGGAUUUUGAGCGAUUUAUUGAAGAACUGGAGCGAAAUAACGAGUCCUCUCAUAUGUGAACAACAGGAGAUGUAUCUUGGAUUGUGAGAAGAUAAUGAUUAAAUUGUCCU